UAGGGCCGUAGUUCAAAGUUGAGGCCUUCUCCUCCAUCUGAUUCUGAUAUGGAGGACUUGACAGAAAACUACAGCAAGCUCAAUUUGGCUCUGAGUGUGAUGCACGAGUGUUUCGAGCCUUCUCAGGAUCCUUACAAGAAGAGUGACAUUGUCGAGGACAUUAUUUUCAACAGAGAAUCGGACCUGAGCCGCUUGAACUUCAGAAGCUUUUACACAGUGCUUUUGGAGAGAGAUGUGGAAGUGAACACCGCGGGUAGCCUGAGGAUCUACAGUGAGUUGGCGGAAGUACCUCUGGUGGCAACUAGGUUCCAUUAUCGUAGACAAGGAAUGUGUCGUGUUAUGAGGGAUGAGCUCGAAAACCAGCUCGUGAACUUGGGAGUUGAGAGACUGGUUUUGCCUUCCGCUUCUAGCACACUGGAUACAUGGACUAGCACUUCAUUUGGGUUUUCAAAGAUGACACCUAAUGAGAGGAUGCAGUUUCUCAAUUAUACUUUCAUGGAUUUCCAGGGCACUAUCUUGUGCAAUAAAGUAUUGAAACAGGCAAACUCUACGACACAAGCAACCAUACCGUUCGGAGGAAGUAUCAAAUUUGAUGGAUCGCCCGUUGCCACCUCCACAGUAACUCAGGCAGAAGACAAUCAGCCGGAGAAUGGAGCUUCAGACCAAGAAUUGGGGAACGUUGCCUCCGGUGACAAGUUUUUGAUUGAUGUUGACUGCAUGCUGUUGGACAACAACGAACCUAGUUUCUCGGCGUGAUACAACGAACAGAAUUUUAGGUUGAUUCCAGGAUUUUGUUAGGGUGUAACUAUAUAAGAUAACUGAACAAAUUAUGUACAAUUUUUUAAUGUGUUAUUAAACUAAAUAUCACUUAUCAAAUUUUAUUUUUCAUUCAUAACAAACUCAGUUUUUCUUCUUUUAAUCAUCAGUGCACAAGUUUUUCCAUGAAUUUUUCC